ACUCAGGACGCGGCGGGUGUCCGUUGGAGCCGUUGAGGUUCAACUAGUCUCAUGCGCCCCGCCGCCCCCCGCGGUUGCCCCAGCCAGGAGCCCGAGCGGCCCCGCCCCCGGCAGUGAGGCGCCCGAGCCGCCGCCAUGACCGAGCGCGACCCCCAGCCCAUGGCUUAUAUUAUAUAUUAUGCUCAAGAAAAAUAUUUCAACCAUGUAAGGCAAUUUGCAAAUUUAGAAUUGGACAAAUACAUCAAUGAUCCAGUGUUUCAGUUUUUCAAGGCAUAUGGAACCUUACAUUUAGGUCAAAUACAAGAUGCUAUCUUACAGCUCGAGAAUGCCAGGAAAUGCCACUCUGAUGUUUCAUUAUGCUGCCUUUUAGCACUCAUUUAUGCACAUAAAAUAUGUGAAAAUGUUGAUCGUGAUGCUGUUUUGGAGCUGGAAAACAAAUUAAAGGAAACCCGGAAGACCGCAGGAAUUAAUGCAUUAUAUUAUGCAGGAAUGUUUCUGUGGUUGAUGGGUAAAAAUGAUAAAGCAAAUGAAUACAUUGACAGAAUGCUGAAAAUGUCUAAUGGAUCUAGAGAGGGUCUUGUGCUUAAAGGAUGGGUGUACUGUACAUCUGACAAACAGCAUGCUGUUAAGAAAUCUAUCAAAUACCUUGAUGAAGGGAUACAAGACACCACCGAUAUAUUUGGGAUGAUGGGAAAGGCAAGAUAUUUCAUGAUGCAACAGAACUAUUCAGGUGCUCUGGAAGUAGUUAACCAAAUAAUAGUCAAUUUUUCUGGUUUCAUACCAGCAUAUAUCCUCAAGAUGAGGCUAUUUUUAGCUCAGCAAGACUGGGAGCAAACUUUAGAAACUGCACUAAGAAUCCUGAGUAAAGAUGGGACCAAUAUAGAUGGACUUCAAGCUAGUAUUGUAAAUGAGCUUUCAAGAACUGGAAACUUGAAUGCUGCAUCAUUUCAACUUAGAGAUUUUAUUCAUUCUUUGGAGACUAAGGAACCUCAAAAUGCAGACUUACAUCUUCGAAAAAUCCUUGUGGUCAGUAGAUUGUGUGGGAAAAAUCAGCAAAUCUUGAAGCUAAUAUAUGGAUUUAUUGAACGCUCGUAUACAAAAUUAAAGUCUUCAGAUGCAUGUUUUGCUAAUGAACUGGGAUAUCAACUGAUUCUUCAGGGGAAGUGGAAAGAUGCUUCUGUGUGGUAUAGAAGAGCCAUGGAGCUGGAUGAAAGCAGUGUAGAUGCUCUAACAGGUAUUAUUUGGUGCCAGGUGCUGGAAGGGAAGCUGGAUGAAGCAGAGCACCAGCUGGAAUUCUUAAAGGAAGUUCAGCAGUCCAUUGGAAAAUCUGCGGUUCUAGUUUAUCUUCAGGCAGUUAUUGCUUCAAAGAAAAACAAGAAUGAACCAGUUGCAACUGCCCUUCUGAAUGAAGCUGCAGAACUUCAUUUUUCUGCUUUGCAUGGCCUUCCUCUGAGCAUGGAAUACUAUGAAAAACUAAACCCCAUGUUCCUGAUUGAAAUCGUGAAGGAAUAUUUAGUCUUCUGUCCCAAACAGCCUAGGUCACCCGGUCAAAUUGUAUCUCCUUUUCUUAAACAAGCAGCUGUAAUUUUGAAUCCAGUGGUUAAAGCUUCUCCUGGUAUGCUGGAGCCUCUUUAUCUAAUGGCACAAGUUAAAUAUUUAUCAGGUGAGUUGGAAAAUGCACAGGGUACUCUGCAACGUUGUCUAGAUUUGGACCCUACAUCAGCGGAUGUCCAUCUUCUAAUGGCCCAGAUCUAUCUGUCUCAAGGAAAUUUCAGAGAGUGUUCUCAUUCAUUGGAGUUGGGGGUCAGCCAUAAUUUUCAGGUUCGUGAUUAUCCACUGUAUCACUUCAUCAAGGCCAGAGCACUGAAUAAAGUAGGAGAUUAUCCAGAAGCCAUAAAAAUUUUAAAAAUGAUUAUCAAUUUACCUUAUAUGAAGAAAGGUGAAAGUAAAAGAAUCUUUGGUACCAGUAUAACAACCGAUGAAUGGGUGUCCAUAUAUCUGGAACUUGCAGAAGCUCUUCGACUCAAUGGGGAACUGCAUGAAGCUACUAAAAUUAUGCAGGAUGCCAUUAAUGAAUUUAGUGGAACUCCAGAGGAAAUCCGCAUCACUGUUGCUAAUGUAGAUUUGGCUCUCAGUAAAGGGGAAGUGGAAAUAGCGCUAAGCAUGCUGAGAAAUAUCACCCCAAGCCAACCAUAUUAUACUGAGGUUAAAGAAAAGAUGGCUCAGAUAUACCUUCAGAUACGGAAGGAUAAGAGACUAUACAUUGGAUGUUAUUGCGAACUGUGUGAACAAUUGCCAAGUCCUCAUACUAGCCUUCUCUUGGGAGAUGCCUACAUGAAUGUUCAAGAGCCAGAGAAAGCUGUGGAAGUAUACGAAGCAGCUCAAAGAAAGAAUCCUUUAGAUGCAACACUGGCCAGAAAAAUUGGACAAGCAUAUGUGAAAACUCAUCAAUAUAGCAAGGCUAUUAAUUAUUAUGAAGUAGCUCUAAAGAUGAGUGAGCAGGACUUCUUGUGCCAUGAUCUUGCUGAACUCCUCCUCAAACUCAAGAAGUUUAACAAGGCAGAAAGGGUUCUGAAUCAAGCUAUGGACCAUGACUCUGUUAAUGACUUGCCUUCCAUGAUGAAGGAUGUCAAGAGCCUGAUUUUACUAGCAAAGGUUUACAAAAACAAUAAAAAAGAAGAAGUGAUGGGAAUUUUGAACAAGGCCAUUGACAUACAGUUGAGAAUACUGAAACGUAUCCCUCUGGAACAACCUGAAUUGAUCCCUUCUCAGAAGCAGUUGACAUCAUUGAUCUGUGUACAGUUUGCUGAGCAAUACCUAAUCGAGAAAGAGUAUGUACAAGCUGUUAAAUGGUAUAAAGACGCACUAUCUUAUACUCAGACAGAUAGUAAAGUACUAUUGCAGUUGGCUUGUCUUUAUUUGACACAAGGCGAUAUCGAGUCAUGUGAACAUCAUUGUGCUCUGCUUCUUCAAGAUGACAAUUGCAACGAAAUUGCAACAAUGAUGAUGGCAGACCUCAUGUUUAGAAAACAGAAGUAUGAACAAGCUAUAAAUCUUCACCAAAAUGUUCUGGAUAAAGCACCAGAUAACUUCUCCGUCAUGGAAAGGUUAAUAGAUUUGCUAAGAAGAAGUGGUAAGCUUGAUAAAGCUACAUAUUUCUUUGAAAUGGCUAAGAAAAAGUCAACUCGAGUACUUUUGGAGCCUGGUUAUAACUACUGCAAAGGACUUUACUGCUGGCACAUGGGACAGCCCAAUCAGGCACUGAAAUAUUUCAACAAAGCUCGAAAGGAUAGUGACUGGGGCCAGAGAGCCAUCAACAAUAUGAUUCAGAUCUGCCUAAAUCCUGAUAAUGAGAUAAUAGGAGGAGAAGUGUUUGAAAGCCUCAAUGAAGAGAACAGUAACUUAAAAGAGAAGAGAGAAUCUGAGCAACAUGGGAUACGCACAGCUGAGAAACUGCUUAAAGAGUUUUAUCCUCACUCACAAAAGGGACAAAAUCAGAUGAAGAUGUUACAGAACUGCUGUCUGGUGGCCACAAAAGACAAAGUUAAUGUGGAGAAAGCCCUCAGUGUAUUUGUAGAAAUGGCCCAAAAUGAGAGGGAAAAUGUUCCAGCUAUUUUGGCAAUGGCCCAAGCCUAUAUGAUUCUAAAACAGACUCCCAAGGCCAGAACCCAGCUAAAACGGUUAGCCAAAGCUAACUGGACUUUGUCUGAUGCUGAAGAGUUAGAAAAAAGUUGGAUGUUAUUGUCUGAUAUAUACUGCAAAAGCGGAAAGUAUGAUCUUGCAACUGAACAACUGAAACGCUGCUUACAAUAUAAUAAGUCUUGUUCAAAAGCUUAUGAAUAUAUGGGUUUUAUCAUGGAGAAAGAACAGGCCUAUAAGGAUGCUGCAACUAAUUAUGAAUUAGCUUGGAAAUACAGUAAUCAAGCAAAUCCUGCUGUUGGUUUCAAACUUGCUUUCAAUUACCUGAAAGAUAAGAAAUAUGUGGAGGCAAUAGAAGUUUGUCAUGAUGUUUUGAGGAUAUGCCCAAGUUACCCAAAAAUUAGAGAAGAGAUUUUGGAAAAGGCUCAAGCAGCUCUCAAACCCUAGAAAUAAAAGUCUUGAUAAUAUGAAAUGCUUUGAUAUCAGAAAUAUGUCAAUAAGCACUAGAAAUAAAAACAUAUUGAAAGUAAAGAUUAUUAUGCAUUUUAGAUGUUCCAAUUAGUACAAAACUCAGCCUUGCCUCUUUGCAGAGAGUACGCUGCUGAAACUUGUGGAAAUGAACAGCUAUUAAGACUCAGGCAUGGCCAUUAGACUUUGUAUAUGGACUGACAAAGGAGAAUUGUAAAUUCAGCAGAAGUGUAUCCUCUUUAUCUUAUCUACAUUAUUUACUGGAUUCAGUUUAAAAGAAAAUAGAGUGGGCCUGAUUCUCAUUUUUAAUAAGGCCCCUUUCUAUCAUUCUGUCAGAGUGAAGGAGUCUUAAAGUGAGAGUUAAACUAUGUUUACAUAUACUUUAAGGCCCCUUUACCCUGUCAGAGUGGUGUAAAGAGGCUUUACUGUAAAUGGGAUUCAGGCUCAAUAUAUUUAAUUUACAAUAUAUCCAAGUACUUUAAAAAAUAUUUUAAGUACAGAGUUUAGGAAAGUUUUGAAGGUUCCCAUUAUGGCAUGCCUGUGGGACUCACUUGCCUAGUGAAUGUAAUAUUUAAAGUUCUUUUCAAAGACGUGUGUAUCUCUGUAUGUAUUAACUCUAUAGUGUUUACCCAAUGACUGGUUAUUCAGAUCAGACACCACUUUAGUGUUUUAUCAGCAGAUAUGGUUUAGACAUUUAUAUUAAUAAGACUAAGCCAUCCUUUUGAAAAAAAAAGUCUAUGAAUCUAUGCUUUUAAAAAAUGAACUAGUUUUUGAACUUUAUUUUAAAGCUUCUUCAUUCAUUUAUUUUAGUUUACUUUUUUUAGUCACUUAAUGAGAAUUCAUUUUAAAUAUAUAUAUUUUUAGAUAUAAUGUAAUUUUUCUCCACAACUUACUCUAAUUCAGGAGGAGCAUUGCUGCAAGAGAGAGAAAUGUCAUUUUUAUUCACAGCUUCUUCAAAUAAUCAAACAAUUCAGAUCAGUUAUAUUGAAAUAAAUAAUUCAUCCUCCAACAAUAAAAGCAGAAGGCGGGACAAGGAAAAGUAAUUUGUCCCUUUUCCUUGGUUUAUUGAUGAUUUAGACCAAUAUAUAAAGUAAAUUAAACUGAUUAAAGUUUUGUCUGUCUUCAUUA